GGUGAAUUUGUAAUUAUAAAAUAAAAGGAGCAUAACAGGUUAGAUUGAAAAAGAAAAGAAAUCUAAUGUUUGAAUCCGGUUUCAAUGAAUAUCUUACGCGUACCAACUGCACUAAUUAUAAGAACAUUUAUAAAGUGGUGGAGUUACGAGUUGAGUGAAACAAUGGCGUAAGUAGUCGGUAGGUCUGGAUGUGCGGAUUAUAAAGAGUGUCGUCGAUUUGAUAAAUUACUUCGACGAUAGGAAAGAAAUGUCGAACCGCGAUCCGGACAAUUUGAUGGCCACGAACGAUGAAAAUUUUGAUUACUUGUUCAAGAUUGUGCUCAUUGGCGAUUGUGGGACAGGAAAAACAUGUGUUGUUCAAAGAUUUCGAUCUGGUACAUUUAUCGAGAGGCAUGGAAACACAAUUGGUGUAGACUUUUCCAUGAAGACUGUACUAAUCGAUGACAAGAAAGUUAAGUUGCAAAUAUGGGAUACAGCUGGCCAAGAAAGAUUUCGUACAAUAACUCAAAGUUACUAUAGAUCUGCUAAUGGUGUUAUUGUAGUUUAUGAUAUUACAAAGAGAUCUACAUUCUUAAGCUUACAACAUUGGGUAGAAGAAGUACGAAGGUAUACUUCAUCACAUGUGUUAUUAAUUUUAGUUGGUAACAAAUGUGAUUUAGAAAGUCUACGAGAGGUUGAGAAAGGAGAGGCAGAAGCUCUUUGUCAAUAUCUUCCUGAAGUGUUACAAGUGGUAGAAACAUCAGCCAAAGAGAAUACCAAUAUAGAUUCUGUAUUUUUCUACCUGGCAGCAGAACUUAAAAGAAGACAUGAAAAUCGUCAAAUAAAUGCUAAUGAAGAUGAAGUUGUUAGACUUGGUGCAAGUAGAAAAUUGUCUUCAUGUUCAGGUUGUCCAUACAAAAUAUUUUAGGUAGUGGUUUAUAAACAAAUGAUAUACAUAUCUUUACUAUAUUUAAAUUUGUAUAUAAAAUGGAAAAACGAUGUACAAUAUUUUUAUAACUAUCCAAAUAAUGUGAUAUUAAAAGAAAUUAAUUAUAUUGUUAAUAAUGACAGAAUAGUAAUAAUUGUGCUACAGAGCCAGUAUUUUGUAACCAUUUGAUUAUGGAACAGGAACUCACUAUGGAUUUUGUAUUAAUCUGAAAAAUUACUAUUCUCUCUUUAUCUGCUAUUUCACUAGAGACUUAAGAUUGAGUAUUUAAAACGUAUACAUUUGUAAAUACAAAUGCUUAGAUUUCAUAAUAUUCAGCGACACUGAUAUACUUCAACUAUUUAUAAAUGUAGCAAAAGUUAAUGCACGUAUUUAUUUCUAAUGAAACGAAUCUCAAAAAGAACAAAUAUUAUAUUAAUAUAUUUUUUUAAAGAAAAAAUUUGCUAUUGUACUAUUUUUUUAAUGUUAUUGUAAUAUCGAAAUUAUUGAAAUAAAAUGUAUAUGAUGUACUUCACAUUUAUCUAUCAUAUAAUUAAAAUAAAAAUAUUUAAGAAGA